AUUUAUUUAAAUUAAAUAAUAUUCAUAUACAUUGAUGUAGUAAAAGUGCUUUAGUGCCAUAAGAUACGUGAAUAACAUUGUGUUAUUUUCUAUGGUUAGAACAAAAAAUUGGAUUAGGAUCACAAUAGGAAAGGAACGUACGCUAUUAUUUGUUCCACAGAUUAGUUUCUAAUGUCCGUUCUGUUCCAGGAACUCCGAAAGCGCAAUUUUAACAAAAACGUACAUUUUGUUUAUGAGUAUAAUAUAACUGAUCUAUAAUUCAGCUGUCAAAUUUAACAAAACAUCUCAUAAAAACUAUUCAACGGAAUACACCAAAAAAUGGCGUCGUAACUUUGCUUGUCAAUAUAUAGAAUGAAUAGAAAAUAAAUAAAAAUGUUUUCAUCUAUACUAAGCCAUGUUUUAAAUAUUAUUUUCAUUAUCAUUGCUGCAAAAACAUGUACAUGCGACCUGCCUCCUCCAGUGUCAUCCCUCUACCUAUACAGUCCGGGGGAGGUGGAGUAUACUGAUGUGCUAGUAAGAAGGAUUAACGACAGCCUGACACUCGUAUGUGAACAGCGAGGAGAUAACACUCCAAGAAUCCACGUGUGGAACUUUGUGCCUGCAAACGGGUCCAGUGAAAGGGCGACGCGGUUCACGGCGGAGCCGCAGGGCCCGACCGUGAGCAGCACGCUGAGUAAAGCGGAGCUGCAGGCGGGGGACAGCGGGCAGUACAUGUGCUCGGCGCCGCCGUUCAGCGCGAGCAAGUACAUCCUGGUGCAGGGCGGCGGCGGGCGCGCGUGCGGGCGCGGCGCGCUGGCGUGCGGCGCGCGCUGCGUGCUGGCGCCGUACGUGUGCGACGGGCGCGCCGACUGCGCCGCGGCCGAGGACGAGGCGGCGGCGCUGUGCGGCGCGGCGCGGCCGUGCGCGCGCGCCGGCCGCCUCAACUGCUCGUCGGGCCGCUGCGUGCCCGCCGCCGCCUGCUGCGCGCGCGGCGCCGCCGCCUCCGCGCUGUGCCGCCAGCCCGCCUGCUGCGACGAGCACCCGCGCUACGCGCGCCUCGACGGCUACAUGGAUGUCGAGUACCCGCCGCUGUAUGAGGACAGGCACGCUCCAGAUGACUAUGGGUUCAUACAAUCCACAAUAUACACUGUCACAGCUUGCGCGCUAAUAUUCAUGAUCGCGGUGGUGCUGCUGGUGUCGGCCAUCUGCAAGAUGCAUAUGAAGCGCGCCGCGCUGCGGAGCUACGCGCAGGCCGAGCGGGCCACGCGCCGCCACUACGGCCUGCAGUAUGCACAGGUGGGCGGCGUGGGCGGCGCAUUCCCGCCGUGCUACGAGGCGGCGCGGCUGCUGGGCCGCGCGCCUGCUGCCUCCGAGCCUUCCUCACCGACCGCGUCCGCCGUGCCCACCACGCCCGCCACGCCCGCCACGCCCGCCACGCCCGCCACGCCCGCCACGCCCGCCACGCCCGCCGCGCUACAGUGCGAGGGGGCGGGGUCGGGCGGCACCGCGUCGCCGCCGCCGUCGCCCGCCGCCGGCGGCUUCGGGCUCGCCAGGCUGUCCUCGAUAUUCUCCUCGCGCUACCGACAGGUGCCGACGCAGUGCUGCGACGUGGAGAUGACGGCGGUGCGGCCGUCGUCGCUCAGCACCUCCCCCACGCGGCCGCCGCCGCACGCGUACCGCAGCGCCACCUACUGCGACCUCGACUCCACCGAGUUCUACUUCACCAACCCCGAGGCCGGCGCCUGCGGCCGCGACCUCAACUACAUGGCCACCCCGCUCGAGUUCUUCAGGCGCCGCGCCCUCCGGAGGAACACGCUCGAGAGGGUCAUCGAGCAGAUCGGUGAGCGCCAGAGACCGCUUACGUUGCAGCUAGGCAGGUUUCAGCUCAGCAUCCCGAGGUUCGGCCGGCGGGCGUCCACCGAGCGGAGACCGGACACGCCAAACGUGGCCGAGAUAAACGUGGACGACCUGGACUUCGUCCGGUUGAACUCCAACGACACGUACACGUUGAACGGCAGGACUAUCCGGCUGCUGGGGGCGGACUUCGAGAACUACCCGGUGAUGGCGGACGGGUCGGUGAGGCCGCCGCCCUACGCGGACGCGGUGCGGUACAAGCUGUACGGCCCGCCGCCCGAGUACCUCAGCCGGGACGCGCUCAACACGACCGUCAGCGUCGUCGAGCCCAGCAGCGCCGACGAGGAGGCGCGGAAUAACGUCGAGAUGCCGCCCUGCUACGAGGAGCUGGCGGCGGCCGUGGACGCCAACGCCAACGUGGCGACUACGGCCGCCGACAGCACCGCGGCCGCCGGGCGGCCCGGCGCCUCCGGCUACGACGGGAAUACGGUCGAAUCGAUCAAUUCGGUCAUAGACAACUUGCCGGCCAUCGACAGUGAUGUGAACGCUAACGAGCCGUUAUCCGAUAACGUCGUCCACAACGAAGUAACCGUUAACGGCAAUUAACAGUCGGCCGUUUUCACUUUUAACCUUAAAUGCACAUAGCUUCUAUUGUUGGUUCGUAUUCGACGCCGUGUACGAAUGAUCUGUCCACGCAAGGGUUCAAAAUAUGUUACCAUAUUGGCUGGUACAAGGUGACCGCGUACUUAUAGUUAGCUACAUGCUUGCGGUGUACACAGCUCGCAGUGCGUUCGACCCGGCGUCGCGUCACACGAAGUGCGUCAUCAGUGCCUUAGAUCUUAAUCAAUUUGAGUUACCUUAAACGAGUGUGAAAUAUAGUCACAGUGAGUUUUAACGUGAAAACUGUAAAACUAUUGGCCGCAAAGCCAAGUUUCGCGUGGUAAGACUGAACAAAUUAACACGUUCAUGCUUUCUUUAUUAACUUUAAACCGAGACUUGUCUUCGAACAGCGGCAAUUAUAAAUAUAUUGCGCCGCUAUGUGAGGAUGUUCUCGUUACUUUAUUCAUAUGUAAUGAAUUCUUGAUUCGUCACUUUCUCGUACCAUUACUAGUGAUAAUUGACACGAACUUGCCACUUUUAGGUAAUUAGAUAAUUAUGCAAAUAGACCACCGAAGAUCGCCACAAAUUAACACGUUAAAUAACUGUCAAGUGGUACGUUAAACCUCUCUGUGACGUGUCUGUGUCUGUGUCUGUGUUUACGUUUCUCCUGGCCACCCGACUGCGCCGCGGUGGGGUGGGUGGGUUUUCCUGUUGCCAUAAUAUUUAGUGAUACUCAUUAUUGUAAAUAUUUAUUACAAUUAUUUUAUAAUCUUUAGUAAUUAUUCUUUCGUCCAAAUUUCUAUUGCGUAAUGUUACAAAUAGUUCAUAGAAUGACGUAGCACGCGAGAGCACAGCGGUUACAGGUGAGCUGUCACAGAAUGCAUAUUUUGUGACAAUUUUGUUUAGACAGGCGUCUCUUAUCAUAUCGUAGGAGGCAGUCCAUUGCUUCACCUACCCGUUCUCUUGUCACGGCCUACAUUGUAAUCGUAUUGCGCCAUGUUAAACUUUAAAAGUUUAUCAUUACACAUUUCUCUCACUUUAUCUUAAUUAUUAGCGUGUAUUUUAGUAGAGCUACCUCUAUUAUAAACAAUGUUGUUCAAACCCGAUCAAAAGGGUAUUUAUUAUUAACUCACCACUCUCGACUCUUGUCGACAUCUUAUUUUAAAUAAGACGUUACUCUUUAUUCGCCCAAUAAAACCGUCUCGAUAGAGAAUAAAACGAGAUAUUUGUAAUAGUGACCUUUAUUUUAGUGUUUUUAAACAACAGCCAAUGUACAUGCGGAGAGUAAGUAUCGAUUGGCGGUGGGGUGGGGGCAUGUCCGGUACGUCCGAUAUGUGUUGGGUACCGCAGGUACUCCAUCCCAAAUAAUGUUGUAGCUCGUCUGAAAUAUAACUUCAACAAUUUCUAAGGGUCACACUGCUGGACACCAGCUUAUAUUAGAUAUUUGAAAUGUAUUUUUAUUUUAUUUUAUUAUUAAAUUACGAAUUAUUUCUAUUAAUUUGCGUCUUUACCAAUUUGGUAUUGAUAUACUGCCACAAUUACGGUAGGUUUACGUUUAAAGGUCUGCUUUUUAGUAUUACUUGCGCGCCGGGAAACGGUGAUUUUCCGCGAAAGUCAAUAUUAGCAAAGACUGUAGUGUACGUUGCCGCGUGGAGUGCAGCCACGUUAGGAAGUGAGGCGACACGACUCGUGCUACAUACACGCAAGGAAUUUAUGAGUUGUAUUAUGUGAAAUACUUGUAGUACGCAUGAAAAGAUUAUAAUUAUUUGUAGCUUUAAAUUGUAUUGGCGUACAUGAGUGUCAUACGCGAGGUGGCGGCCGCCUGGUGGCCGACUGGUGGCCGCCUGGUGGCCUGGUGCGCUGUGCCCCUUAUAAAUUGUGUUUGUUUCCAUGUCGCGCCACACAUAUCUUAGUCCAAAUUUUAGCACAAUAAUGUACGGUUGUUUAUAAUAAUUGUAAUAGCAGUAUCGUAGUAUAGUAGGUGCCGAUUAAUAUGUUAGCUAUUGUGAAGUCGUCGGUUCGCAGUGAAUUUACUUCAUACGACCAAUUGGUAAUUUAAUUAUCAAGUAUUGAAAAAGGUUCAGUUGAUAUUCUGUUUGUAACAAAAUCAUGUAUCGCUUCAAAUACUAAACCUUUAAAUAAAUUACAUUAUAUUAUUCACACGAUUAGGUGAGUAUAGGUUUCGCCACUGGUUUUUUUUUACUUUUAUUUUACACAGCGUGACGUCAGCUACAAUUAUGUACCACGUAAUUAAAUUAUCUCACCACCACAAGCAAAUAAUGUAUUAAAUAUUUUCCCUAAAUAUUUCUAUGUCGAUGGCAAGUUGUCUUGUUAUUUCUCCUUAAAUAUAAAUAUAAUCUUUCAUUGUUGACAAAUGAAGGCUCACGAUAUUUGUUCAAUAUCACAGUUGAAGGCGUAUCGUUUUUUUAAAGCAAUCAUUAAAAUAAUACGAAUGCCAUUUGUGGCGAGCGUGAGCGGCCGCGCUUUGUACCGCACGUGUUGCGUCGCCAGGCGCGACAUCCUUGCCUUUUAGCAUUUUAAAGUAGCAAAUAGUGUACUUAAUCGUAUUAGUCGUAGAUAUUAUCAAUACCUGCAUGACAUGUGUCUGAACUUCGUUACGCGUUCACCGAUACGACAUCAUGACCUUCAAGAAAAGAGCAUAUUCGUUUUUAAAAAGCCGGCAGCGGCAGCACACCUGCAAUGCCGCUGGUGUUGCGGGUGAUCAUGGGCGGCGGUAGUCACUUACCAUCAGGUGAGCCGCAUGCUCGUUUACCCCCUGUGUUGUAAAAAAAUGCACUAUAUCGGCACACGUCUCAUUUUUCCGCUAGAGCGAGUUGCUUCAUUUACGUGGAAUCUCCCAUAGGACCGUUCUUAGUUAUAACUAAAAAUUGCUUGCACGAUCAAAUACAAUGAAUCUAAGUAUUGGAUAUGCUAGCGUCCGCUCGGUAAUGAUAUUUUAAUAACCCUUGUUUUUGCUUCGCUAUAGUCGGGUAAUAACUGAAUCCUUGAACCUAUUUAUCUUUAAAAAAAAUGCAAAUUUUUUCAAACAUAGUUUUCGAUUUUUUCCCAGUAUUUUCAACUAUUGUCACAUCAAGAGUUCGAGUCAAUUUGUUACAAUGAAUGUCUAUCGAAGUUCAGACGCAGUAACGAAGUGUUUAGUAAGGGCGAGGGGGCACGUACUACCUCCUUUUUACAAAUACAUAACUCCGACCAAAUAUUGCUUUACAUUACGACUGUACGCUGCGGUUUGUAUGGGAAAUAUUAAGUUGAGCGUACACAGCGGUGUGUAGUAACGAGCGAUAGCGUAAUGUAACUAUAUUACUAUAAUAACUGUUAUAUAUUUUUGCAACCAAACGAGCAAUAUUCUUAAAUGUACACGUAAUUAUAUAGUUGGAAAUAUAUUUACUAGGAAUACAAUAUUAAUUAUUAGGCAAUUGUAAAUAGUUCACAUGUAAAAUACAGUCGAAUGCAGUUUCAUUGGCCUAAUAUAGGUAAUACUCGACAAAUAUGUUGCUUCUGUUUUAACAUAAAAAGGGGAUAUAGUGCAGUCAAUGAAGGCAAAAAUCAGCUACAGCCUCCGAUUUCGUUGAACCUCUAUAGAUUUGGAUGAAAAUUUGGGAUUGAGUAUGUUUUACUCUCUACUGCAAAAGUGGCAUAUGCUCGUCUUGCGCUAUUUAGCAUUUUAGGGGUGAAAUCCACCCCUUUUGUUGAAAAUAGGAAAAAAUGCAGAUUUAACCACUCUUACUUAAGUAUUUGUGUUUAAUUAGAUAAAAUAUAUUUUUUUAAUAUUUAUAUGCAUGAUUUAUGUUUUUAAUUAAUUUUCCAAUCCUUUUAGUAACCCUUAAAUCGAAAAUCAUGACAAAAUCAGAGGUGAAAACCUUCAUCGACUGUACUAAUAGUACUCUUUGUUACGUUCUGGUUAAGUGUACCGGUGUAUAUAUUCACUUUCCUGUUAAGGUAAUCAAGGAGGUAAUCAACCUACUUGUACAACAAUUAGUCCAUUACCCUAAGGUUGUCUUGAAAAGAUUGCUCUCAGCAAUAAGACCGCCUUACUGUACUUAUACAAUUGUAUCGUUGUGUUUGUAAAUUGUCUUGCUUAUUUCCUAUAUUGUAAAUGCAAAUAAAGUAUACUCAUUCUAUCAUUCAUUCAUUUGAGUAUACCUGGAAAUAGUUGAGUCAUAUUAUAUUGCAAGUCGAUUAGUAUCUUUUAAUUAUGCUUGAGGUACACAGGCACCUGUUAUAAAUUGAAAUUGUAUUCGACUGUACUCCAUAUGUGGUGUUUAAAUAUUAUUCUAGACAUUUCUUUUUUUUUUUUAACAACUUGAAACUUAGCCACCACCAUUUCAGUCAGUUGUAAUUGAUACACCAUAUGGAAGUAAAUUUUUCCACAUUUUACAGAGAUGUACUUAAGGCGAAACGAAAUAUAUUCUUCUGUGCUGUAUGAACAAUAUUCAUGUAUAUAUUUUAGAAUACACAUACAAUUAUGAUACGAUUAGAUCUGCAGUAUUUUGUCAUAUUUCCACUUUUUAUUAUUCUAAGUGUUGCCAGAUGAAUAUAAAACUUUAGUAAAAAUAUGUUUAUUUUUAUAAUAAUAUUAUUUAAACAUAUUGCGUUCGCUCAAUAUUUGUAUGGUUGCGCAAACGAUGCCGCGGUCUAUUUUG